AUGAAGGGUACGCAGCCUGCUCUCAUUCUCGUCGGGGGUUUCGGUACCCGUCUACGACCAUUGACUCUCACGCUUCCCAAGCCCUUGGUCGAAUUUGGUAACCGCCCUAUGAUCCUCCACCAAGUUGAGAGCUUGGCGGCCGCGGGAGUGACGGACAUUGUCCUCGCUGUCAACUAUCGGCCCGAUAUCAUGGUAUCUACGCUGAAAAAGUACGAAGAAGAAUACAACGUUAAAAUCGAAUUCUCGGUUGAAUCGGAACCCCUGGGCACUGCCGGCCCUUUGAAACUUGCAGAGAAUAUCCUCGGGAAGGACGACAGCCCUUUCUUCGUCCUCAAUUCCGACGUUAUUUGCGAGUAUCCGUUCCAAGAACUUGCUGAGUUUCACAAGAAGCAUGGGAAUGAAGGUACAAUUGUGGUCACAAAGGUUGAGGAACCCUCGAAAUACGGUGUCGUCGUCCAUAAGCCAAACCACCCAUCCCGAAUCGACCGAUUUGUUGAGAAGCCAGUUGAAUUCGUUGGCAACCGCAUCAACGCCGGUAUCUACAUCCUCAACCCCAGCGUCCUGAACCGCAUCGAACUUCGCCCCACCUCAAUCGAACAAGAGACUUUCCCUGCUAUCUGCAAGGACGGCCAACUCCACUCUUUUGAUCUCGAAGGCUUCUGGAUGGAUGUUGGCCAGCCCAAGGAUUUCUUGACCGGCACAUGCCUCUACCUCUCCUCGCUCACAAAACGGGACUCCAAGCUCUUGUCACCCUCUACUGCUCCAUAUGUCCAUGGCGGAAACGUCAUGGUUGAUCCCACUGCUAAGAUUGGCAAAAACUGCCGCAUCGGACCCAAUGUGACCAUUGGACCUAACGUCGUUGUUGGUGAUGGUGUCCGAUUGCAACGAUGCGUCUUGCUGGAAAACAGCAAAGUCAAGGACCACGCCUGGGUGAAAUCUAGCAUCAUCGGCUGGAACAGCUCGGUUGGCAAGUGGGCUCGAUUAGAAAACGUCACUGUUCUCGGUGACGAUGUGACUAUUGGAGACGAAGUUUAUGUCAACGGUGGUUCCAUUCUUCCUCACAAGAGCAUCAAACAGAACAUUGAUGUUCCCGCUAUCAUCAUGUAA